GGGACCCUGGCCUGGCACAGGCCCGCACACUCUCAGUAGACACUCUGUCUGUCUCUCUCUCUCACACGUUCUCCAACCCAAGGAGGCCAGACAGAAGGACGUGGUCACUCUCUGAAAGGUUCAACUGGAGAGAGACAAAAUGCAGUGGGCCUCCCUCCUGCUGCUGGCCGGGCUCUGCUCCCUCUCCCGGGCCCAGUACGACGAAGAUCCCCACUGGUGGUUCCACUACCUCCGCAGCCAGCAGUCCACCUACUACGAUCCCUAUGACCCCUACCCGUAUGAGCCCUACGAGCCCUACCCCUAUGGGGUGGAGGAGGGCCCAGCCUAUGCCUACGGCUCUCCGCCCCCUCCAGAGCCCCGUGACUGCCCUCAGGAGUGCGACUGCCCACCCAACUUCCCCACGGCCAUGUACUGUGACAACCGCAACCUCAAGUAUCUGCCCUUCGUCCCUUCCCGCAUGAAGUACGUCUACUUCCAGAACAACCAGAUCUCGUCCAUCCAGGAAGGUGUCUUCGACAAUGCCACCGGGCUGCUCUGGAUUGCUCUCCAUGGCAACCAGAUCACUAGCGAUAAGGUGGGCAGGAAGAUCUUCUCCAAGCUGAGGCACCUGGAGAGGCUAUACCUGGACCACAACAACCUGACCCGCAUUCCCGGCCCGCUGCCUCGAUCCCUGAGGGAGCUCCAUCUCGACCACAACCAGAUCUCGAGGGUCCCCAACAACGCUCUGGAGGGGCUGGAGAACCUCACAGCCUUGUACCUCCAGCACAACGAGAUCCAGGAAGUGGGCAGUGCGAUGAGGGGCCUCCGGUCACUGAUCUUGCUGGACCUGAGUUACAACCACCUGCGGAAGGUGCCUGAUGGACUGCCCAUAGCCCUCGAGCAGCUGUACCUGGAGCACAACAAUGUCUACUCCGUCCCCGAUAGCUACUUCCGGGGGUCGCCCAAGCUGCUGUACGUACGGCUGUCCCACAACAGUCUCACCAACAAUGGCUUGGCCUCCAACACCUUCAACUCCAGCAGCCUCCUUGAGCUUGACCUCUCCUACAACCAGCUGCAGAAGAUCCCCCCAGUCAACACCAACCUGGAGAAUCUCUACCUCCAAGGCAAUAGGAUCAAUGAGUUCUCCAUCAGCAGCUUCUGCACCGUGGUGGACGUCAUGAACUUCUCCAAGCUGCAGGUGCUUCGCCUGGACGGGAACGAAAUUAAGCGCAGCGCAAUGCCAGUCGAUGCGCCCCUCUGCCUGCGCCUCGCCAGCCUCAUCGAGAUCUGAGUGGCCCUUGCACGGGGCACGGGGCCUAAGGCCCCCACGCCCCACUGCAUCUGGCUGGAUGGUUUGGUUUGGCUUUUGCUGGAAGGUCUGGGACAGACCAUGUGACAGAACCCCAUGGGCUCCCUCUGUAGUCUUCUUCCCUGUAGGCAGGGUCAGGUGGGAUCAGGGGACAGGCAGCCUUUUACUGAGAGACAUGGCUGCAGCUCUCUUUCCAGGACAGACGUGGUAGCAGAGGAAGUAAUCCCUGGAAGUCCCAACCCCAGACACCUCACUACCCCCCAGGUUCUUCCCAAUGAUCUGGCGUCAUGAACUUAACAAGUCGCCUGGGCAAGCGCACGGCCGCACAGAGCGCGCUUUCGCCACAAUCCCUGGCUCUCUCUGUGAGCAGCGCUUGACCGCUCUCCUGCGUGCCAGGCGGGUGGUGCAGUUACUCUGGGCUCCCUCUCAGUGCUCCUCGGAAUAUACCUCUUGCUCAACUGCCUCCUCCUUCACCCUCCUCAUCCACUCAGCCUUGCUGCACACACACCUCUUCUGUGCCUUAGGCAGAGGCAUGAGAGCCCAAGGCGCGUGGGC